AUGCAUAUUUCACCCCUGCCAACAGCACCUGACAAACCAAUCGCAUACAAACUUGCUUCCAAUGCGCCAUUUUCUUCGCCUGAAAGCAAGGGUCCAUACAACCACCAGUGUCUCAAAAGUCGAUCACAAAAGACCAAAGCUUCCGCACAGGCUCUUGUCUCUUGUCUCCAGAUCAUCUUCCGUUUCAGUGUCACAUCUGUCAAUAUGAAGGCCAGUACAGCAGUCUUGGCCUGGACGGCAAUGCUCCUCAGCUCAGCUACAGCAAUGGAGAAAGAGAACUGCUGUGCUUUGCUUGAGGGUGCUGGGUUGAAGCACGUUUAUGCGCCUGACAGUCAAGGUUACAAGACCCGAACUCAAUCGUACUUUUCUGUCUCGUCGCAGUUGCAGCCUUAUUGCAUCGUGCAACCUGAAAGUGCCGAGGAUGUAUCUACUAUUAUAAAGACCUUGGUUCCUGAUACGAAGUGUAAUCUUGCCGUGCGGAGCGGCGGGCAUACCGUCUGGGCAGCUAAUAAUAUCAACGACGGUGUUACUAUCGAUCUAGGGUUGAUGAAUAAGACGACAUACGUGGAAGAGACAAAGGUUGCUCAAAUUGAAGCUGGUUCCAUCUGGAGAGAUGUCUACGAGACCCUUGAGCCAUUUGGUGUCACUGCUGCUGGUGGUCGUACCUCGACGGUUGGCGUCGCUGGCUUCUUAACUGGAGGUGGUAAUACCUUUUACACAGCCCGUCGUGGUUUCGGAUGCGACCAGGUUGUCAAUUUUGAAGUCGUUCUUGCUGAUGGACGCAUCGUAAAUGCCAACAACGACGAAAAUGCCGACCUCUGGAAAGCGCUGAAAGGCGGCUCUACAAAUUUUGGCCUCGUCACCCGCUUCGACGUUCAAGCCUUUGACGCUCCCCUUCUCUGGGGUGGACUUGUCACGUACACGACCGAAACAACAGAGGCGCAUGUCGAAGCUUACAAGAACUGGACCGAUAACAUCGAGAACUAUCAGGAUGGGUCUGUGAUUCCAUUCUGGAGCUAUACGCCUCAGGCUGGCAAGAUUGGCAUCACCGUCUCGUAUGAGGAUACCACUGGUGUCGCUUCACCAAAGGCCUUAGAUGAGUUCUGGAAGAUUCCUUAUGAGACAUCCAAUUUGCGCAAGGAUAGUCAUCGCAACAUGACCGUCGAGCUUGAACUUGUUGCCGGAUACCGAAAUGUUUGGUUCGCUAUCACCUUUAAGAACAAACUCUCCAUGUACCAAAAGGCCCUCGCCCUGCAUGAGCAAUUCGUCGCCGACUGGAAGUCCCAAUCCCCCGACGGCGACUUUAUCAACCACGCCAUCUUCCAAGCCAUGCCGACCAUCUUCUCGAAACACUCCAUCUCACGAGGCGGAAACGUCGUUGGUCUCGACCGGGAGAAGGAUAACGCCGUUAUGUUUCAAGUCCAACACAUGAUCAACGGUGUUGAACAGGAGAAGCUUGCUCGUGAACGAAUGGUCAAGUUCCGCGAGACGAUCAAGCAAUACAGUGUAGAGAAGGAUGCUGCUGUAGAGUGGGAAUAUCUCAACUAUGCCGACUUUACGCAAGAUCCUCUUUCUACGUAUGGAAAGGAGAAUAUUCACUUUUUGAAGAAGGUUGCUGCGAAAUACGAUCCCGCUGGGGUGUUCCAGACUCGUAUGCCCGGAGGUUUCAAGAUCUCCAAGGUCGCCUAG